AUGAUGAAUAUUCUUUCGAUCUUCUUCGUGAUUUGUUUGAUAAUAUUGUAUGUCAACGCCGCACCUUCAUUCCCAUUCAAUAAUACUGGAACAAAUUUUGCUUCAGUUGCAAAUGGUAAGUUAAAUGAUGAACCAAUUUGCAAAACUGACGACGGACGACUUGAAAUUCCUAUCAAUGGUAAAUUUCGUUCGAGUGCGAAUCCAUGUAGAGUGUGUACAUGCACGGCGACGGGCCUAUUAUGCGAGGACAUAUGUGAGCCAUCAACGACAACAACAACAACAACCACCGAAUCGACAACAACCACAACGACAGCAAGCUCGUCUACAACAACAGUGCACGAUCACAGUUCACUGUUACCACCUUCUUCGACAUUUCCAAAUGCUACAUCAUCUAAUAAUGGUCACAAUACAAGUUCGUCAUCGUCGAUGGGCAACCCUGAUGAUGAUUUAUCAACGACUCCCUGUGCACGAGCUGUAGCCGCACGUGAAUAUGCAUAUCUUGACUGCAGUGAAGUUUAUCUAGCUGGAAAACGUACCAAUGGGGUAUAUGAAAUUUGGCCUCGAACAAGCCCGAGACCAUUUCGUGUGUUAUGCGAUAUGGAGAAAGAUGGCGGUGGAUGGACUGUCAUUCAACGACGUGGAGAAUUCAGUCAACAAUCGAAUUUCUUCGUUUCCUGGUCAUCGUAUAGACGCGGUUUCGGCGAUUUAACGCGUGACUUCUGGCUUGGAAACGAAAAAAUUCAUGCGCUCACUUAUCAAGAUGAGUAUCGUCUUCAUAUUGAUCUAGAAGACUUCAAUGAUCAAUCACGUUUUGUUGACUAUGAAUGGUUUUUUAUCACGAACGAGCAAACGAAGUAUACAUUGAAUCUCGGCCGUUAUAUGACCACAUCAACAGGUAAAGAUUCGUUGUCCUACAAUCGUGGUAUGCGUUUCACAACUCGUGAUCAAGACAACGAUCAAUCGUCGAGUAAUUGCGGAGAAAACUACAAAAGCGGCUGGUGGCAUCAAGGGUGUACGUUAGCAAAUCUCAAUGGUUUAUAUCUUCGUGGAAAUGAUUCGAGUGCUACAGGUGUUUUUUGGAAUGAUUGGUUAGGACCGAAAUACUCCUUGAAAACAUGUGCAAUGAAAGUAAGACCAGUCGAUUUUAAUACUGAAAUGCUUUCAUGA